UUUGAAACAAAAAAACUAAAAUGGCAUAACUUUUCGACCUAAGAAUUGGAUCAUUUGAUGUAACGCGUCGAAAGAAUUAUGUGGAUCGGGGUAUGAUAUGAGAACGCAAUAAAGACAUAAACUUGUUGACCUUACGAUAAAAUGUUUUGCAUAAUGCAUGAUCGGAUUACGUGAUACCUUGUUCGGAUCAGAUCCGAAAAUGCUAAAAAUGGGUGGAAAUUUUUUAAAAAAUGAGGAUUACAAAAAAUGAAAAACAAAAUAAAAGGAUUUUGAUAGGAUCAUUUGGCGUAAUUCAUCGACCGAAUUACGUAAUAUGUUAUUCGGGUUAGAUUUGAAAAUACUAGGGUGUGUUUGGAAAAUGAAAAAUGUUCAACUCUGCUCUGUUCAACUUGCUAUAAGACAAAACUGCCCGCAACAUUUGAAGAGCAGUAGAUCCCGCAUGGGUGUGUUUAACUAGUCGUUCCUUUAGGGUUACAGAUAAUUUUUUUUUUCGCUUUUGUCGGCAAAAGGUUGCAGGGAGCCGUUGAGUGAGAGGAUACACAACAGAAGCCGACUCGAUGCUCUCCAUCUUCUCCUCCUUCCUGCAUGUUCCCUCUUCUUCCUUGUAGAGUUUGUCUGCAUAGGCAUCGGCCGAAAUCGGCAGGAUUUCUUUGUAAUCGAGAUCCCCGUUCGUCCGUGAAGGCUUGCGUCAAUGGAGCUGGUGCGAAGAACAGUGAAAAGCAUGAGCUUUUCAGGAGUGAUUCACGAAGGACGUCCUGUCUGUCACCGGUUGCCAGAGAUUCUCGACUUUGAUCGCUGUCGGGGGCCCCCUUCAGAUCGCUGUUAUCCACUAGGAUUGGGGUUUAAGAACCACAGGAAGUUGUUGUUUUGGAGAGGCAUCGGCAGUGUGGUAACAUUUUCUGCUCGCUAUCUCGAUUAAUGCUUCUGGAUUAUUGAUUUCGGUGGAAUUUCGAAGCUAUCUGCUUAUACAGACCUCCUUGGUUAUCUGCUACCAUUAUCCUGUUAGUGUAAGGUGGCGUAUUUGUGUUAAUUUCAUCAAUCUGUUUUUCAUCUCAAUGAAAAAGCCUUGUCUGGUGUCCUUUCCGGAAUAGGCCGAAGUUGUGAGCAUGUUCUUCCUGAUUUGUUAACAGAAUGCCCAUGUUGCUGUGGAUUACUGGUUCGCCCUGUUUGUGCUUCUCUUCCUUGUCUGCUCAGUGUGCAUUAUGUUGGCUUAUGGCCGUUGUCAUCUUAGUGUGCAUUCUGUGGGAUAGCAUGAUGCAUGUUCUCUGUAGUUCAAGAAAAGAAUGACUGAUUUCGGUGUUUAAUGUUGGUGACUAUUGUUGCUGAUAGAUCAUUGAUAGGUGCACUAUUAGACCAUUGUUAUUCUGGACCAACCGCAUGCGUCAUGGCUCCUAAAGGCGAAAAUAUCAUCGACUGGAGUGAUGAAAUGGAGUAUACUUUCAUAAACAUAAUGCUUGAGAAGCUGAGAAGAGCACAUACUACAACAUGGAAGCAAAAUACAUGAAAGGAGAUCAUAGUUGAGAUGACAAAUCUUUAUCCCGAUCAGCAACUGUGUUUGCAAAAGGUAAAGGAUAAGCAUAAGAGAAUGAAGACAAAUUUCACCCGAUUCUCUGAAUUAGUCAGGCAUAUAGGCGUCGGGUGGGAUGCAGACACAAACACUAUCACAGCCGACCAAGAUGUUUGGGAUAUGUUUGCAAAGAAGAAUAGAGCAUACAAGGCAUUCCGGAGCAAGGGCUGCAGCCACUACGAUUUGCAGAAGCAACUCUUUAGUUCCUCAGUGCCUACCACUGCUCUUCGCAUCUCCUCGGCCGAUCCACCUCCAACUUUAGAAGAAGAACGCCGAUUAAAUGAGGAAUUCUUAUCUAGGGGGAAGGGAAAGGAGAAACUACAUGUCGACCUCGAAGAAGGCUCCGACGAGAGUGACGACCUCGUCCAUGUUGCGGAGCCCAUUAUAACCGAGUCUCGACGUCGAGUGCCGAAAAGAGGUCUAAGCAAGAGCUCACAAAUACAAGAGUGCAUGGACCUGUUCAGGGAGAGUUACACGAAGCAACAACCACAUAAAACUCCACCGUUGGCAAAGAGAAGCAAGUCGGUAUCAAGCCCUGAGAAACCUGAGAAGAAUAGCAUCGACGAAGGCCUCGAGGAGUUGGCUAAAUUGAAAUCGAGAAUCCUUCACUCCUUGUAUGUGAAAGCCGCCGAAGCCCUCCUUGAUCCGACAGCGCGGAGGCUUUUCAUGUGGUUCAAGGAGGACGAUCGACUGGAAUGGAUAAUGCAGCUUCCUCAUUCUUGAGGAAUCCAUGAACCCAUCUUUAUAUAUAUUUUUUCUAACUACUGGGGUAUUUUUUGUUUGUUUUGUGUGUUUUCUUCUGUUGAUGAAUUCUU